AUGACCCCAAGCAUUAUCCAGAGAAGUUUGUUCGUUUCAAUGAAGAAAACAAAGCUAGGUGUAUCAAAUCCAUGUACGACAAGCCGUCCUUGUAUGGAAUGA